AAAGAUUCGUAGCUCAGUAAUCAAUUUGAAAUUAUUUUGAAACUUUCGGAAGAUUUCUGUGUUUUAUGACAUAUCAACGUUUAUCAGCAACAUAACUGCAUAUUCGUCGCCAAAAAGAUUUUAAGUGAAUGAUGGACCCCUCAAAGCUGAACAUCAAUUCAGAGGAUAUGAUGAAUCAGGCUCAGAGUAUCUGGUCAAUGUUGGAUGAUAUGUCUGAGAAUAAUCCAGAGAGUUACCGCAAAUUCAUUGAGAAGCAGAUGAAGGAGGGAAAACAAGCCAUGAAACCACCUUCGCCACAUAUGUGUGUCCAAACGAGGGACAACAAAAACAGAAAAUUCUAUAUUAACAUGUGUGAAUGGCAACAAGUUCCUGAUGCCAAAAAUGAAGAGGCACCAAUACCAGUUGUAGGCGGUGCUAUACUGACAGAUUCUCAAGCUCAGGGAGAUGUAGUCAUAGCAGCCACUGCCUUCAAUCCUAAUAUCCUGAAAGAAUAUGGCAAGAAUGCUAAGAGUAAGGAAACGAGAGACUGUCUCAUUGGGCUUGCAUGUGAUUUUAUAGAGGACCAAAACAAACCAAUCAAAUUAUCAAGAGACUAUGUUGUUUUGGAUAGCACAGACUAUUAUGGCAACCCAGCUCAUAUAGCUAAAGCAUUUGAAAAACAAACCAAGAAAAUCGAAAAAGAAUUUGAGAAUAAUAUAUCAGAAAUUGAGAAAACGUUUGGGGCAUUGGCUCCUGGAGGAACUGAAUCUUUAAUGAGUAAAUUAUCAUCUUUAACUACAGAUGAUACUCAAGAAAAUGGGAUUCAUGCUGAUUCACCAUCUCCUGGCAUUUCACUUCUUAAAACGGAACAAGUCAAGCCAGGCCUUAUCGAAGAAAUAAAAACUGAACAAUUAUCUCGUAAGCCUGACUAUUCAUUGUCUACAAGGGAGAUCGGAGGCAGAGAGGAAUAUGUUCUAAAAAUUGAACUACCAAGUGUGAAAUCCGUUUCAGAAUGUGAUUUAGAAGUCUUGAGCAAGUCUCUUGAAUUAACCGUUGAGGAGAAAUAUUCGCUGACUUUACAUUUUGAUCGGUCAGUAGAUGAAGAUAAUACAGCAGCAAAGUUCAUUAAGAAGACAUCUACUUUGACUGUUAUACUGCCCAUUAUUCAAUAGUUUCUUCCAGUAUGCAAAACAGUUGUUCAAUAUUGGGCAUGUUGGGUGUUCGUCCGAAACUGCCCAGCGAAAUCAUAAAUGUGCUGAUUCAGUCAAAAAUUGAACAUCAGUUUCAAAUUGUUUAGCAUUCCAAAGGCCUGUUUACCAUUCCAUUCUCAAGUUUU